ACGCACUCUGGUGUUUGAUAAGUGAGCCACGGCAAACAGGGAGACAAAUAAUGAGCACAAUGAGACCUUUGGCUGGCAAGCUCCAGAUAAGUCUCCACCUCUUGUUUAUAUGCUGAAAGAGCUUUUAAGAGUAGAUAAGGUGCUUGCAGUCGGCAGGUUGGUGGUAGUGCUGGUGGGAGGUGGAGUUAAGCCUGGCUCCAGUAGGGAGGGUGCCUUGUUUUGUCACACAUCGGCCACAAGAAGACAGGAAGUCAGCCGCCGGGGGGAAAUGAGAAUCUAAAUUCAGGCAGACCACAAGAGGAAGAACACAUCAUGAGCGUGGACGUGGGAGGACAGCGGCGUUAUGUGUCCACUUUCAGGAUGCACAUCAAGUCCAGUAAUGGAAUCAGAAGCGGCGAGAGUGGGACGACAGACGCGGGCGUUCUUCCUUCUCACCAGCGCAACGACCCUCCUGUCUUCGUGCGGCAGCUGCGGGACUGCUGCGUGAACGAAGGCGAAGACAUCACCCUGAACGGCGCCCUAUCUGGGAGUCAACCUUUCAAAGUCACGUGGCUGCACAAUGGUGAGGUGACACGUUUCGGAAUCCCCGCCCUGGACGGCGGCAACGUGAGUUUGGUUGUGCGUGAGUGCCUGCCCGAGGAUGCUGGAGCGUACACCUGCAUGGCAGAAAACAUGGCAGGGAAGGCUACCUGCUGCGCAGCUGUAUUUGUAAAAGACUUUGAAACCCUUCGCUGCGUGCAGAGUCAAGUUUCUGCAGAAAAGAGCAUUAUGGGAAGCGAGACGUUACCGCAGGAAGUUCAGCUCAAUUCCAGAGGGUCAGUGGGAACGUCUUCUACAAGCUCAGAGCCACAGAGUCCGGCCUCUUCUCCACGAGAGGUUAUUCCGAAGAAGAAAGCCAACUCGGGAAUCGGUCCAGUUUUACGCUUGGAGAAUCCACCGCAGCUCGUGGAAGUCAAGGCGGGACUGCCAGCGCGCAUCACGUGUCGCUUCACCUGCAGCCCACCCGUCGUGUCAUGCUGGAUCCGAAACAAAAAGCAGCUAGUGGACGGUCCUGAGGUUUGGAUCGAAAACUCAGACGAGAGCAGCACGCUGGUCCUGGCUGAGGCUGCGCUUCAGCACACGGGGCGCUACACUGUGGUGGUCAAGGACCGCAAGAGCUCGGCCCAACACACGCUUACCCUCUCUGUCAUAGACAGGCCACAGCCGCCCGCUUCUUGUCCUCUGGUUUCCUCGUUGGGCCACGGGAGUCUCGUUCUGUCCUGGUCGGGACCCUGCUACGACGGGGGCAGCGCCGUGCUGGGCUACGUGGUGGAGGCGCGAUCCGAGGGAGCCGAGUGGAGAGAGCUCGCGGCCCGUUGCGCCAGCACAUCCUACAGGGUGUGCGGCGGUCUUCUCCCUGGGGAAGAGUACUGCUUUCGGGUAAGGGCUUACAACGCGGUGGGAGUCAGUGAGCCCGGACCGGCGUCCCCUGCGGUCACCAUGGACCACAAGGAUUCCGAGGCAGCACAUUCGGACGAAGAUGAGGAGAUUCCCGAAGCCUUUGUCACUAUCGACCCUGCUCACAAAGUAACGGAGCACUACGACGUGCAGGAGAAGCUUGGGAUGGGUAAGUUUGGCCUAGUGUUCAAGCUGAAGCACAAAGCCAGCGGGCGGCUGUGCGCCGGAAAAUUCUACAAAGGUCGCCGCGGUAAAGAGAGAGAAGCGGCCCGCCAGGAGAUCCAACUGAUGAACAAGCUCCAUCAUCCCAAGCUUGUGCGAUGCUUGGCCGCCUACGACCACAAGCCUGAAAUGGUCAUGGUCAUGGAGUUCAUCGCUGGCGGGGAACUCUUUGAGCGCAUUGUGGACGACAGCUUCGAGCACACAGAACCGGCCAGCGUGCGCUACGUGCAGCAAAUCCUGCAGGGAGUCUCCUACAUGCAUCGACAGAACAUCGUGCACCUGGACCUCAAACCUGAGAACAUUGUGUGCGUGGACGCCGGCGGCACCGCCAUCAAGAUCAUUGACUUCGGACUGGCAGCCCAACUCGAUGGCAAGAGCGACAUGAGGGUGAUGCAAGGGACGCCGGAGUUUGUGGCCCCCGAGGUCAUCAACUAUGAGCCUGUGUGCUUGGCCACCGAUAUGUGGAGCAUCGGCGUCAUUUGCUACAUCCUACUAAGCGGCGAGUCUCCCUUCCAGGGAAGCAGCGAUGCCGAAACGCUGGCUUUGGUAACGGCGGCCCAGUGGGAGUUUGACGAGGAGAGCUUCGAGGACAUCACAGACAAGGCCAAACACUUCAUCAGCUCCUUGCUGGAGAAAGACCCCAGGCGACGCAUGUCCAGCAAAGAGGCCCUGGCUCACGAGUGGAUGACCUUCGACUCGCCGGCUCCUGCCUCCGCCAAGACGCUCCCCAAAGAGAAGAUGAAGCGCUUUCUUGCUCAGCAGAAAUGGAAGAAAGCGGGCAAGGCAGUGCUAGCGUUGAAGAGAAUGGCCUUACUAAGAAAAGGGGACAGCACUUCUCCCACCAGCCCUGCAGAAGAAUGUCCACUAACCCCAGAGACAGAAGAUGCCCUACUCUCAUUGGAGCGCAAGAUGUGGGGACCCCCACGCUUCACGAAGACCCUACAUGACCAAAUGGUCUUGGCGGGAGCUGAUGCCCACCUCGAAUGUUGCCUCACAGGGUACCCAGACCCAGAUGUGGUGUGGCUACGCGGACAGGUGCCUGUGGAGGAGUCGGAAGCCGUCCGGAUCGAAUAUGAGGAAGAUGGCCGUUGCACGCUAAUCAUUUCCGAAGUUUGCCCACACCACGCUGACGUUUACACCUGCAAAGCCACGAACGACCACGGAGAGACAGCCUGCUCGGCAUCGCUCCUCAUCCAAAAUUCAAGCUAAAGUUAUUUUCUUACGUUCAUGUGAUGCCGAUUAAAUAUGCUGCGGAAACAUCGGAAAGUUGUAAUUGUGUAAAUUAUUUUCUAUGAAUCUCCUAAAAAGGACAUGAAAGAAGGGGGGAAAAAAAGUUCUUUGGAGAGUACGUAUAUAACACAUUUAUCUACAUUCUUACGAUGCCCGAAGCGCUUUACAUUAGCACAUAUCUACCAACUCUCUCUAAGGUACUAGAAAGAGUAGUGCACAAUAGACUAAGCGAAUACCUAGACAAAUUUCACAUUCUAACCAGUUCACAAAAUGGCUUCAGGAAGAAUUCAACAUGCAUGGCAAUUCUGGAUUUUGUUGAAAAAAUGAAUGAUGCCUUUGAGGAGGGCAAGUGUGGAGCAUAUUUCUGGACUUAUCCAAGGCUUUUGACACCAUUGACCUUAAAGUGAUCCUCUGAUUUAAAUACAUGUAGGCUCUAAUAAACCACAAUUGUUCUCUUGUACUAAAAUAUGUUGUUAGAAACACAUAAAAUGUUAAAUCAAUGGCAAUAUUUUAUAAUAUUUAGUCCAUAUUUUGACCGUUAGUUGGCGCCAUGGUUUGUGGGCUCGCAGUGAUGACAUAAUUGGUAUCUUUCCAAAUGUGUAGCGUGUUCAACAAGUGCUUAUAGACCCUACUCACCAACAUCACAGAAUGACGUGUCGCUGUAUCCGGCCGCCAUAUUGUCCGUCAUUGUUUAUCCGUAUUCUCAAUGGUUUCA